AUGGCAGUCGUCAAUGAUGAAAAUGCGGGUUCUGGGCCUCUUGGAAUUUUGGGAUCAACCUUAACAAAAUACAAGUUAAAGAUGUUGAAUAAUGGAGGUAGCUUAGUAGAAUGCAAUGCUGUGUAUAGAGAUGCUUUUAUGGACUCGAUCAUAUCCAAAGCAAACUACAGAGUCGAGUCUGCCAAUUAUUCUACAACGGCAGAUUCAGCAGAGAAAAUCAUCAAUUCUGAAGAAGAAAGGAACAAUGAGGUUUCUCAAUCCAUAUCAGUUGGUGCUUGCAUAAGAAUACAUGUUGAGAUUCUAGGGGAUAAGGUAGUCACAACCAUCAGGAAGCAAAUAGAUAGAGAAGAAAAGAAAUAG